UUGGCCAGUGCUCUAUGUACCCGGCCCUAAUAAAACUCUCUCCAAUCAUCAAUAACGGAUUUUCCCUCUGCAAAUUUUUCUUUGUCCCUUCUCCAUAGCUUCUUCUUCUCUGAGCCUGAGCCUGAGCCUCAAAACUCAAUAAGCACCUGAAGAUGUCAAAGGCGGUGGUUUAUAUCCUAAUAGCCACCGCCAUGUUGUUCUUCUUCAUAUUUUUGUCCCCAUUGAACCUCAAGGAACCUGAGGGUCGCCUUAAUCGUAGGUUUGGGUACAAACUACUCGAGCGAGCACCCAAUUUUGACCCUCUUGUUGCAAACAUUGAAAAGAAAACGCAUCACGAACCCACGUUGUCCAAUUUGGAUAGUACCACAUCGGUUAGUGAUGUUGUGGAGACAUACCAAUAUCUUACCUCGGGUGGUAAAUUAAACACGACGUUAAGGUUGAUAAUUUUGUUCCCUUUGUUAGAUAGAGAACCCAAGGACGGAGUGGUUGGUUUCAAUGAGUUAGAGGCUUGGAUUACUCAACGAGCAAUAGAGAGAUUAGAUUAUCUCACGCAAGCUGAGUUAGAUUCCAAGGACAAGAAUGGGGAUUUGGUCAUCUCUUUUAAGGAGUAUUUACCUCAGUUUUCAGAAAAGGAUAUAGAGAAAAAAGAAAUGGGGCAUGGCGAAGCAGGAUGGUGGAUGGAAAGAUUUGAAGUUGCAGACAUUGAUCAAAAUGGUUUUCUUAACUUCACCGAACUUAGAGAUUUUUUGCACCCAGAAGAUAGCAAAAAUCAAGAAAUGUUGAAAUGGAUGUUAAAAGAUAGACUAAAGCGCAUGGACGACGAAAAUGAUGGGAAACUGAAUUUCAAUGAAUUUGAAGACCAUGUAUUUAGUACAUAUGAAAGUUAUAUGGAUUUCGAAUCUAAAGGGGGAGAUUUACCUUCUCCAAAAGAUAAAUAUGCUGAGCUUGAUGUGAACAAUGACCAAUUUUUGUCACCAGAAGAAUUGAUACCGAUACUUUCUUAUCUCUACCCUGGAGAGCUAGCUUAUGCUAAAUAUUUCACGUGCUACUUAAUGAAUGAGGCUGAUGACAAUGGAGAUGGAAAGUUAACACUGCAGGAGAUGCUUGAUCACGAAUUUACUUUCUACAACACAGUUCAUGCAGAUGGUCACCAAGAAAGCGAUGAUGAUCAUGAUGAGCUUUGAUGUGUGAACCUAGCUAGUUAGAUGAAAAGUUUGACAUAAGAGGAUAUAAAUGAAGCAGUGAUCUUGUUCUCCUGAAUUAUGAUGGUUUUGUAAAAUAUAGAACUCAAACAAAUCUAAAAAGAAAGUUUCAUCUCAUAAUAACAUUUUAAAUUAAUUGGCCUAACAUUGGACCUCUACCA